AUGUCUGUUUUCUGGUUUCAGGUGCUGCCCCACAAGGUCGAUGAGCUGGAUGCUGUACCCGUGGCUACGAUUGCUGACCUCCCCUGCCCUUUUCGGCUGAGGGGGUCCCUGCCCAUAGGACGCGCUGUUGCUGUCCGAGAGGUGGACAGUGAGAGAGAUCUCACUGAUCGCCCACGGCGUGUGGAUUUCUCCCGAGUGGUCCUCACUGCUACAUUUGACCUGGAGUGUGAGCGGCCCAGCCAACUGGAGGAGGAGGAGGAGGAGGAGGAGGAGAGUGCAGAUGUGAGGGAGCAGCAAGAGGAAGGAAAGGAGCUGAGUGAAUCGAGCAGUGAGCAGAGUGAGAAGAGCUCAGAGUGCAGUCAGGAGGCUGCUCCUUCGACACUGCUGGCUGACGAUCAGAGGGAAGGCCAGUGCCGUCUCUCGGCGUUUGAUGGAGAGCAGGAACAGGAGGAAGCCUCCAAAACCCUGGUACUGUUCUCACCCGGUGACCUUCAUAAAUCACCCACGGCAGGGGAGCUGGCACCUGACCCUGACCUUGGUACGUUAGCUGCUGUGACCCCCCAGAGCGAGAGGCCUCAGGCACUGGGCAGUCAGCUGGACGUCUCUGAACCCGGAACACUCUCAUCCAUCAUCAAGUCUGAAACGAAGCCACUCUGCCCAGUUGUCACUGCAGUGACCUCCUGUCCCUUCACCAAGGUUGAACGCACCUUCCUGCACAUUGCUGAGAAGACCCACCUCAACAUUAUGUCUUCCAGUGGACAACUCCUGCCUCAUGAUCAUUACGAGUUCUUCCAGCCCCGAGAAACACAAAAUGGCGGCUACUCCAUAGAGCAUGGACAGCCUACAGCUCCCAGUCCAACUGCGCCCCAAGGUGGGGAGACGAGGGUCCAGAACGGGGUAGGAACAGGAGAAGACUCGCUGGAGAGGACAUACGAGCCUGAACCUGUAGGCCGAGUGGAGCCCAGGCACUCGCCUGAGGCAGAGACGAGGCAGGAGGGAGAGGGAGAAAGGAGCAAGACCCUGAUUGGAGAUGGCCAUCUGAGCACAGCAACCAGUUCCCAAAGGAAGAGUCGGAUUCCAGUGUUGAUGUCAGAGGAGGAUACGGGGUCAGAUCAUUCAGCAUCAGUCUCCUUCAAGACAAGACUGAGCCAGAGGAGGUCCAGGCACCUGGAUUUAGCUCGUGUGCUGAUGAACAAGAGGCAAUGUCGGCUAAUACAUCUUUCCUCACUCACUUCUUCCUCAGCUUCCUCAGGGGAAGAACGAAGGGCAGCCUCAGGAAGUUCACCAAUGACAGCCUCGGAGGAGGACACCAACUCUGACAGUUCCCUCAACAGAGCGGCCAAGGGCAGUGAGGCCUACCCCCAGCCUACUAGGCCACACCAGGCAGGGAGCAGCAAAAGCAAGAUCCCACGGCCUAUCACCCUGGGGAAGGCUUCAGCAGUGGUCAGCUCUCCCCACAGCAGCAUCGUAAAACAGCCAGCCACUCACAGGUAA